CUCAGCUCCUCCCCCUUCCCACCCAUGUGAUCGUGACAUCAGUGCCGAGCUAGUCCGGUAUUACUAUAGAACCCUGCCGGUCCCGCCCCCCGCUCAUGGACUAAGGAUAUUCGCUUGUGGUGACGGUUCGACGGUGGUUGCGCUGUUUCAUGGUUAAACCUGUGACUCUUUAGCUGCCAAUGGCGUCAGUAGGAAGACUUGGGGUGACCCUGCACUCGGCCAUCAGCCUCUUGCAGCCUGCGGCAUGUAGAACGUUCCUCCCCGCUGCUUGCCGGUUGCACAGCUCCCCCUGGCUGCAUGACUCCAACAGAACCUCCAUAGUGCGCUGCGGCAGGAAGACCCUCAUACGUCAGUAUCCCGUGUUACUGGUCCAACCCGAUGGCUCUACCGUUACCAUCCAGUACAAGGAGCCCCGCAGGAUCCUUACGAUGCCGGUAGAUAUCAGCACCCUCUCUGAGGAGGACAGGAAGGCGCGGCUACGCAAGCGGGACCAGUCCAAGAGGGUUACAGCCAAGCAAGACAAAGAGGAAUUUGACGACGGCUUUAGCGUAGACCAAUACAGUAAAUUUUGGAAGAAAAAAUAAAUAUUUUUUUGUUAUUAAAUAUUAAGACAGUAAUAAAUAUAUUCCCUAACCCUA